GGCAGUUGGGAACCAUUUUUGUUGACGUUUUGAGGGAACAUCUAAGUUUUUUAGUUACGUAUUUAGUUCAGAGUUUUAUUUCUAUCGUUUUUUAGAUUGUUUUAUAAAUGAUCUAUAUUCUUGUGUUUAUUUUUUGUUAAUGUUUUAUUAACAAUGUAUAAGUAUUUCGUAAUUUACAACAUAUUGUUUAUAACUUUUUUUGUAGUCAACACAAUUCCUGCGCUUAAGGUUCCUGAUAAAACAGCAUUUGAUAAUAAAAUAACUCAAGCUGAUAAAAACAAAACAAACCCAGUGAUAAGUGAAGGUGGCUCAAUUAUAUCCACCAAUCCUCUUACUUUAAAUAACGAAAAUCAUACUUUAUUUAAAAACUUAGAUAGUCUAAGUGGCAAUAAAGAAAAGUCGGUUGUACCGAGAAAGGGUGUAGAGUAUAACCCUGCUGAAGACAUUAUUGAACAUGAUAAAGUGAAUCAAACAUUAAAUGUUACUGUAACCAGUUUAAAUGUUACUAAUUCACCUGUGGAAUUGUCACAACCUAAUAAAACUGUGUUAAAUGAUUCAAGUACAGUUAUUGCUACCGAAAAGUUAAACAUUACGAAAAUCCAUAAGCCUUUAAUAUUGUCACAUGAGGCACUAGUAAAAAUGGAUGAAAUAAACCACUUAAACCUUGAUGAAAACGGUCCAGAUAUCAAGGUGCAUUCUAAGAAAGCGGGAAGUCACCCAGGCAUGAUAAUGCCAAUUGUUAUUACAAUACUUGUUGUUCCAAUGUUUGCUGUUGUGGGUUACAUGGCACUGAAAAGAGGUCGCGAGGCUUGGAAAAAUAGACAUUAUAAAAGAAUGGAUUUCCUUCUUGAUGGAAUGUAUAAUGAUUAAUUUUAUGGACAUUCAAAGUUUCAAAUAUAAAUCAUUAAUGAUAUUCCUAUAUCUAGAAUAAGAUCAUUAGAGCUACCAAAAUAUUAUAUUUCAUGUACAUGAUGUAUUUCUUAUAAUCCAAAAAAUAUCAUAUUUACAAAGGUUGUUUUGCUAUUGCUGUAUAAUAUAAUCUGGCUACAAAUUAUAAAUUAGACAGUGAAAUUAAAUUAGUAGAAAAUGAAACUAAGACUAAUAAAUAUAUAUAUAUAUAUAAAAUAUGUAAGAGAAAUAUAUAAAAGCUCAAAGGAGUAUUGACAAUAUAUAUAUAUAUAUAUAUAUAUAUACAAAGCAAUAAAUAAUUGAGGUGCUUUUCAUGUGCCUUGUUGAUAUUAUUUACUAAUCAUAGUUAAAUAUAUUUUGUAUUUUUGAUAUUGUAACUUUUUACAUAGCUUCAUAGUCUUCCUAAGAGUUUUAUUGUUGUGAUAUAUUCAGAAUUUAAAAUAAAAUGUUGAUAUUGUAAAAUAAAAUAUAAUCAAUUAUAUUUUAUUAAUAAAAUGUUUAAAACCAAUAAAA